AUGGAACGCGAGGUGCAGCAGCUUGUGGAUAUGGGCGCGACCCCCGCGCAAGCGCGUGCUGCGCUGAAGCAGCACAAGGACGUGAUGGAGGCCGCGGAGCGCAUAUUCGACGGCAGCUUCGACCACAUCGUCGAUGGCGACGGCGACGUCGAGAUGGCGCCGCCGCAGGAGGCGACAAAGCAGAAGCCGCGCAUGUUGACCCCGAACGACGACGAUGACGACGAGGCAGAGGCGGAAGAAGGCGAUGGGGAGGACGAUGAGGACGAGUACAUUGACUACGACUCGGACUACGAGGAUAUAGGAGCGUCGAACGCUGCGGCAGUGGAUCCUUAUGCAGGAAUAUUCUUCUCGAAAGAUCGGAAAGAAGAGGUCAUCGAAGUGGAGGAGGAACCAGAGAUGGUCAAACUACCUAGGUGCACCGAGAAGAUGCCACUCAUGACCCAAGGUCAAUGGAUGAAGGGCUGUCCAGAAGGCAGCGAGCAAAGCUUCCUGUUCAGCCUUUACCGCGAGCUCGGCGAGGGCUCGGUGCCAUGUCCUCACGGAUGCGGGGCUACCUACAACCGACAAAAGAGCAACUUUUGGACGAUCUUCCCGAAUUUUCCCGCAUAUAUCAAACACCUGGAAUCUUUCGUGUCCAAGAUAUGUAGUCAAUGUUGCAAGCAGUUUUGCUUUGCCUGCGGGGAAUCCAGCACGUCGAAUCACACCAAAGUCGCCGCUUCGCUAGACGUCGACAUCUCUCUGUUCCACUGCGCCAAUCUACAGGGUGUAAUUCUUGGGGUUGGGCUCGCGAUGCUCGAGAAGUCGUUCGUGGACGUGGCAGACUUGGCUGCGCCGAAGUCCGAUAAGACGUCGCGGAAACGCCGUAAGCCUGACGCGCCGGCAUCACAUCUCAUACCUACUGAGCUCCAUGAAGACGACGAUGACGACGAGGACAACUACUAUCCGAACCUUGUCAAAGGCAAAAAGCCAAAACUUGGGACGGGCUACGCUGGAGACGUGAGAGAAGACAUGUCCGGUCAGCUUGAGGCCCUUCAGGCGCAGAAGGACAAGGACCAGAAGCUGGCCACCCUUUUAUUGAACAUCCGCACGUUCCUUCCAUCCGUCAAUCGCGAAGGAGGCGGCCACGCCAGUGAUUACCUCGUCCAUCCCACCGCGCUCGCUCACCUUCGACGACGCUUCAACUUCGUCAGCAGUCAGCUCCUGCGGAACGACUCCUUGACUGAUAUGUCCGAUCGCUCUGUCCUCUAUUUCGAGCUGUUCGAGUGGCUAGAGACAAUAUCUAGUCAUGAAGCCCUCGCAAGCAUGAUGGCGAUGCCAAUCAUGGUGGUCACCUCCGUCAAGACAACCGCGGGCAAGAAACCAUCUCCAAGAGGCACCCCACGCGUCCGCGAGCGCACUAUCAUCUACGAAGGCAGCUCUGGCCCUCGCGAGCUCCUCGAGGCGAUCGUGAUCCAGGCGCAGGCAGCCCUGAAAGGCUUAGAGGGAAUGAAGACGUCAGAGCCUGAGACCUUCGAGAUGUCUGAAGAGCAGAAGCGGAUGACGAUCGACGACAAGGGCAAGGGCAAGGACGAUGGCGCUAUCACGUCCGAGGAGAACCAGAAGCUGCUAAAGUUCUGUCAGCGGAUCAUGAACACCGCUAAGGCCAUCGACCGCUCACUCGUCGAGACGAAGGGCAAAGCGUUCGUCGACCGACUCCAUGCAGGGCUCCCGAAGAUUCCGGCGACGUCUGCAACGCACGAGGACGAGGUCCCCAUCCCGGCGGGGCAGACGGAGGAGGAGGCGCAGGUUGCGUAUGUCAAGUGGGCGAACCGCGUGCGGUUCGAGUACUGCGACCUGACCAUACCCUCGACGGAGCCGGCCACGGAGAACGGGGAGGACCAGCCACCGAACUAUAAGUUUUACUACAACAACGAGGCUCGGAUGUUGGCAAACUCCGACAUUCCUAAAAGGUCACUGGCGAUCGCCAAGGAGCUUGCGGUGUUGACGACCAACUUGCCAGUGGCGUGGAAUUCGUCCAUAUUCUUGCGCGUUGACGAGACACGAGUCGACGUAAUCAAGGCUUUGAUCACCGGUCCCGAGGGUACUCCAUAUUACAACGGAUGCUACUUGUUCGAUGUCUUCCUUGGUCCAAAUUACAACCAAUCCCCACCAAGUGUCAAAUACAUGACGACAAAUGGUGGUAAAUUCCGGUUUAACCCCAACUUGUAUGCGGACGGCAAAGUAUGUUUGUCGCUGCUCGGAACAUGGUCAGGACCAGGCUGGAUUGCGGGAAAGUCGACGUUACUUCAAGUGUUGAUCUCGAUACAAUCCAUGAUCCUCUGUGACGAGCCAUAUUUGAACGAGCCUGGCUGGGCAAACAGCGGAGGAACGCCGAAGUCGAUUGCAUAUUCCGCGAAUGUAAAGCGCAUGGUUGUGCGGACAGCGAUGCUUGGCAACCUGCGCAACCCGCCUGAGCCAUUUGGCGACGUUAUUCGCACCCACUUCCGGCUUAAGGCGCGCUCGAUGAUCGCGCAGCUUGACAAGUGGCUCGCAGAAGACGACGGGCAGCCGACAGUUGGCGACGGCGCAUUCAACAACCGGCCUGCGGCGACGGGCUCGAGCUCGAACGGCUUCGCGGACGACAUCACGGAGCUGAAGACGCUGUUCACGCGGCUCGAGGCCGGAGAGGAUAUCACACACGGUGCGGGGGAUAGCUCUUGA